AUGGACUUGAUUCAGGCUGCUGGCCUAUUAAAAACUGUUGUCCAUUUGAGUAAAUGCUAUGAAAUGCUGGUGAAAGAGUUCAUAGUGAACCUUACUGAAGAUUGUGCUGCCAAAAGAUCUAAGGAAUUCAGAAAAGUGUUUGUAAGGGGAAAAUGUGUUAACUUCUUUUCCACUGUGUUAAACAACCUCUUGGGAAGGUUUGAUGAAGCUCAACCUGAGCUUGAAGUCUCUAAUAAUAAGUUUACUGUCUCAACUAUUCUUGGAAGAUUUAUCUAUGUUGUUGGUACAAAAGCAAAGUUUGACUAUGGUACAUACAUUUUUGAGAAGACCAUGAAGCAUGUUGGUAGCUAUAGUGUAAAAGGCCCUAUAGCAUUUCCUUCUCUCAUAUGUGACAUCAUCUUAAACCAACACCCUGGCAUCUUGGUUGAAAGUGAUUCUAUUUGCAAAAGGGGAAGUGCUCUGUCUUUCCAUUAUAAAUUGUUUCAGGGAACGCAUGUCCCAGACAUUGUCAUGACAUCGGCUGAGACAUCAAAGAGUGGAUCAUCAGCCAGUAAAGCUGAAGUCAUAGCAAUGUUGAAAGAGACCUGCAAAGAGCUGGAGGCAAGGAAGAUAUCUCUUGAGAAGAUGAUCAGCAAUCUAGAGAAGGAUGGUAAUGAGGAUUUUGCAGGUGCUGCAGGGAUAGAAGCACAAGAUGAACAAGAAGAUGGAAGAGACUCUGAGGAAGUAGUUGAAUAA